UCUAUGCAAAAAUCUCCUAUUGACAAGAUGGUUUAGGCUAUGUUGAUAAAGAAGUUAUUGGUCAUGGAACAACUUAGCUAAAUGUUUGCCAGAUUUCCAUGGUUAACCAGGAAAGCCCUUUCUCUAUUAAAUACUUCAGGCACAUAUCAAAGGAAUCAACUAUUAGCAUAAAAUGUUAUUUUGAUGAUGUAACCACCAUAUUUUAUGAUAUUAUUUUAAAAAUUGAUUUUCAUCAAAUAAUGUUUCACAAAAUAUAUAUUUUACUCAUGUCCGAUCAACAAUGAUUUGUACAUUUGGCCAACCCAUGAAACAUUUGACUUGUGCUAGUACAUUAAAUUAAGGUUUAGAGAAUAAAAGGUAGUGAUUAUUUGACUCAUUUGAAAAGGUAUUUAAACAUUGUCCAACAAUGCUUUGCAACUUAUGGAUCAUGUCUUAUACAUGUUUGAUUUGUUUGGCUAGCGGUUCAGGGUCAAAUGUAAGGCAUACAUUCCACAUCAAACUUGCAGAUGUCAUGGACCAUUUGAGCUCCCUAUUUAAGAAUAGCCAAAUUGAUAAAGUAUAAAAUGUCACAUGGGUGUUAAUGAUCAGAAAAUUGAGUUUAUGUCAUACUACAUAAUAAAUACACAUAAACUAGAGUACACUUGUUGAAUAAGAGUUACUGAACUUGCAUCCAAAUCUUGGUAUUUCAGUAUUAGAUGUUUCAUAUCUAGAUUCUUAAUUUUGGGACCUUAAAUUACCUUAUUGUUUUGAAGUAUAAAUGCAGAUCGCCAUGAGAAAACCUGUGCUGAUCAAAAUCAGAAGUAUGCUAUCUUUUUCCAAAGGAAAAUCAACAAAAUAAAAAUGUUCAGACCCUUUUUCCGAACAUGGAAGUUUUUUUGAGCAUAGUGCUAAAGUUUCUUAAAGUUUUGGGCAUCCUAGUGCUAGUUUCUUUUGAUCAAGUUUCUCUUAAGUAAAAAUCGUGUACCAAUAGCAAUGACAAGGUCUGGUGUUUUUAUGGAAAAUAAGAUAUUAUUUUUGACGCCCAUAUGUGGAAAUGGGUGGACAUCGUUUGGUAGUCUCCUGCAAGAAUAGAAAUCUUAAAUUUUUGCCCAAUCUGCAAGUCAUAAUGUUGCUGACAAACUACGUCACAAGUGAUAGCGUUUCCUGGUCGUGCUACAUUGACGAAGUCUUAAUGGGAGAGAGGCUAUUCUACACGUGACAACAUCGUUUCAUUGUUUGCUGGUACACUGGUGAAUCACGUUGACAAGGCCUUGGGAAGUGAAAAUUCUCUCCAAGACCAAAUGAAGUGAAGAACUGGAGUUAAGAGAAAGCACUGAUAUCUACCUUUAUAUUUUGUUUACUUCAUCGACAAUUAUUGCGAUGUUAGCCUUUCCAGAGGAUUCCUUUUUCAGCAGAGCUUUUGACGUUGGUGAUUUUGGGUUUUCAGAUGUUGAAGAAGAAAAAGUUGUAUUUGAAGCAGUUGAUACAGACAUUGAAUAUGAGCUGUUUGCUUAUGACAGCUGUGAAACAUCAUCGCUUCUCUCGUCAAGAAGUUGCUCAAGUGGGAGUCCAUCUAGUUCAUCUUCACCAUGCUCAUCAGAGAGAGACUAUGGGCUAGACACUUAUUGCUUACCUGAUAGUUUUACAGAUAUUGACACUGAAAAUGAUUUUGACUUAGAUUUUCAUAGUUGCUCAAGUUCAUUCAAGAGACAAAAACAUCAUAACCAGCCUGAAAGCAGGAAACGCAACCAAAAGAGAACUAAUUGCUCAUCACAGAAAAAGCAAAGAAGGAAAAACGAUCUUGAUACAGUUUUAACAUGUUUAGACUGCAGAUGGAGUGAAUUAAGUACACAAAGACAGCAAGAAGUCCUAGAAAUGCUAAUUGGUAUGGUGUCUCAAAAACUUGGUCUUCGAGAGCAGCUAGAGCUUAUAAAAAUAAUCUGUCCAGAUGCAGACGUUUCACCAAAUGAUAAAGAAUUCUUUAUUGAUUUUGAACUGUUUGAUGACGAAAAAUUCAAAGGCGUAUGUGCUUUUGUCAAAGAGCAUUUUGUUCUAAUGAAUGAUGACGAAAAAGAAACUGAAAAUGAUCAGACGCUUACAAGAAGAGGAUCUAGAAAGAGGCAAGGGGAGAGAAACACUUCAUCUUUGUGGAAUGAAAAGUCAAAUAAUCUUCAAAAGAAAGCAUUAGCAAAAACAUCAAGGCAAAUAAAGAAAGAGAAGAAAAGUGGACUUUUUAAAAAAGAGGAGGUACUUUUAAUCAAAGAAAAAGCAACUAGUAUACCUGAAGAAGACGAAGAAGAACUUGAUGUUGUCGGUUGAUUGCUAGAAAAAUGCUAUUGGGGUUUCUUGUUUUAAGAGAAAAUCUCGAUUUUUGGAUUUUGACAAAAUUACAGAUGCUAUUUUCAGAUGAA